AUGGCCUCUGGUUCAGUUUCAUCGGCUUUGAAGCCCUACACGCCGCCACCACAGACUUCAGAAAAUUUGGACUGGGCGGACCUUGAGGGUCUCGAUAUUUCUUUGCUUGAUCAGCCGGGUGGAAUAGAAGUCCUGGCCGAGCAGGUAUUGAAAUUUAUCAAUACUAAUGGCUUCUUCUACGUCACAAACCAUGGUCUCACAAACGAUCAAAUCAAUCGACAAUAUGCCAUUGCCGACGCUUUUUUCGAACUCCCCCUUGAAGAGAAGAUGAGAUAUCUUAGCAAUACAGCGGCAGGUGAUUUCAGAGGUUAUAAACCGCGAUCAACUGGCGAACUAAGCUCACGCGAUAACGACGAACGCUACAAUAUCCCCAAGUUCACCAAGGAGCAUGAGCGGCCACAUCCUCAGUUGAUCAAAGACUAUUACGAGGAGAUCAAAGAGUUUUCCUUGCACAUCCACAACAAAAUUCUCUUACCCUUACUCCGCCUUUUCGCCUACGUGCUCGAAGUCGACUCAGAAACUUUAGUCCAACGCCACCGAUACGAGGAGAAUGGACUCGAGUACUUGCGAUACAUGAAAUAUCAUCCAAGAUCAGCUGAAGAAGAUGCCAAAGCAGGCAACAUCUGGGCCAAGGGUCAUACAGACUACAACACAUUGACAUUUCUCUUCCACCAGCCUGUCGCUGGAUUACAGGUCCUCCAGAAUCCGGACGACAGCAGUUCCUGGCAAUAUGUCAAAUCUGAACCUGAGGCUAUUAUCGUAAACAUUGCGGACGCUUUGGAGUACCUGAGUGGCGGGUUUUUAAAAUCUACGGUGCAUCGUGUUGUACGACCUCCAGCUGAUCAGGCAGAGAAACCGAGGUUGAGUUUGAUUUAUUUUGCGAGGCCGGAGGCUGCUGUUCGUAUGGAGCCUUUGCAGAGUCCGUUAUUGCAGAGACUAGGUAUACAGGUGCCGGAGCAUUAUUUGAAGGCCUUGGAAGGUGUUACUGCUGAAGAAUGGGCUCGUGCCCGAAUCGCAAAGGACCAUCGUUUCAGGACUGGCAUUGUCAAUCAACCUGAAAGGGAAAUUCUGGCAGGUGUGCCGCAGCGAUAUUAUGACUGA